GAGAUGUUUCCCUGUUUCGGUAAACACAUCCAAACUUUUAUGUCGUUACAUAAGUCACUUUAGGUAUCCAUAUCCGGGUGAUAAAGUUAUUGUAGCCAUGUCAGGAGGUGUAGAUUCAAGUGUUUCGGCAUACCUUCUAAAAAGACAGGGAUAUGUAAUAGAAGGUGUUUAUAUGCGUAAUUGGGAUACAACAGACGAAAAUGGAGUUUGCACGAGUGAUCAAGAUUGGAAAGAUGUUCAGACAGUUUGUAAACAACUAGAUAUACCUUGCAGACAGUUCGAUUUUACAAAAGAAUAUUGGUUGCAGGUGUUUACAAGGAUGAUUGAAGAUUAUGAAAAUGGGAUCACUCCAAAUCCUGAUGUAAUGUGUAAUCGUGAAAUUAAAUUUGGAUGGUUUUUAGAUAAAUGUUUAGGAUCUAUUAAUGGCAAAGAUAAAGAAAAUACUUGGAUAGCCACAGGACAUUAUGUUCAACUCGAACGCACAGAUUCUGGGCGAGUUAAAUUAAUGCGAGGAGUUGAUGUCACCAAAGAUCAAAGUUAUUUCUUAUCAACAGUUGCCGAACAAAAUCUUCAAAGAGUAAUAUUUCCUGUUGGAAACUUACAUAAAAAGCAAGUUAAAUCAAUUGCACAUGUGGCAAAUCUAGAAACUGCUAAUAAAAAAGAAAGUAUGGGUAUUUGUUUUGUGGGGAAAAAAAGAAAAUUUUCAGAAUUCUUGGAACAAUACGUUAUACCAAAACCAGGAGAUAUAAAAACAUUAGAUGGAAUUAUUAUCGGUCAACAUCGUGGUUUAUUUUCUUACACUAUUGGACAAUGCGCAAGAAUACAUUAUGGACCUGAUCGAUGGUUUGUUUUAAGAAAAGACAUUAAAAAUAAUUCUUUAAUCGUUAUACCUGGAUCAACAAACCCAUUAUUAUUUUCUUCAAAACUCGUUGCCAAGGAUUGGAUAUGGAGUUGGGGUGAACCUCCUAAAGAAAUUGAAGGAGGCAUCAAUUUACUUACUCAGCUUAGAUAUCAACAACCUGCAGAACUAUGUAAAGUAACAAGAAGAUCUGAUGGAAAGUAUAUAGUGGAAUUUAGUACACCUAAACGAGCCAUUACACCCGGUCAGAACGUUGUUGUAUGGGAUGAAAAUUGGUGCCUUGGAAGUGGAAUUAUUGAACAACCAUUAAUAAAUUAAGAAACUUGUGGUAAUGCCAAAUUUUUGAAAUAAUUUAAUCGAAGUUACAUUGGUUAAUACUUAGACUAAUAUAUGUAUCAGUAUAAAGAGGCUAGUAUUAAGAUAUUGUUUAUCCCUAAAAUAUCCGCCAUCGGUCCUUUUAAAUCUGCAUGAGCUUGGAUGGAAAAAUUAAUAGUUAUCAUAAUUAAAUAUUAUUAAUUAAU